AUGGUGGUGGACGGUAAGGAGCAGGCACAUUUUCUGGAUAAUUCUGGAAAAAGCUUCAGUAAUACGGCCGAUAGACAUGAAGAAGGCAUGUCGGAACUUUAUCGAUCCCCUGCACGUAAAUCCGAGGAAAAUAAGUUGUCCGGCCAGUCUAGUGAUUGGAAACCAUUUAUAAACAAGGAUAAAAAAGUCGAUCCGCAUGAUUCCAGGGGAAAACCACCUGAAAUGUACGUGUCAAACGCGUCAUCAAAGUAUCAAAACUUACCUGCUGAGGAUAGACCAAGAUUUGUGCUUCUAGUCAUCUUGUACAUGAUCCAGGGAAUCCCAAUUGGGCUAGCAUUUGGAUCAGUGCCAUUUCUUCUCAAGACCGCCGAUCUCAGCUACUCGCAAGUGGGGAUUUUCUCUUUAGCCACUUAUCCAUAUGCCAUGAAAUUGUUGUGGUCUCCGUUGGUUGACUCGAUAUAUUCGCCACGUAUAGGAAGAAGACGGUCGUGGAUCAUCCCAAUUCAGGUGCUCUCCGGAUUCUGUCUCUUACUGAUGGGCUGGAAAAUCGAUGACUUGAUGAAACCUGAGUCUCUGUCUCAGAACUUGGCGAAAUUGGCCUGGUGGUUUUUCAUAUUGAUAUUUUUUUGUGCAACACAGGAUAUUGCCGUGGAUGGAUGGGCAUUGACCAUCCUCUCGAAGAAUGCCUUGAGUUAUGCGUCUACCGCACAGACGGUGGGAAUCAAUAUCGGCUAUUUUUUGAGUUUCACCAUUUUUUUGGCGUUUAACUCUCCGAACUUCGCCAACAAGUAUUUGCGGUCCGUGCCAAGUACAGAAGGUGUUAUCACAUUGGGUCAGUAUAUGAGGCUGGCGGGUGUAUUCUACUUGGUUGUGACAUUUAUCAUUGCAUUGCUUGUACCAGAAAAUCCUCAGUUAAGUAAUUCCGAUGGUGACUCUUCCAUCGAGCUUAGCGAUUUUACCGCGAGAAAGAAAAACGACGAUCACACAACAUCAGCGGUUCUAAAUGCAUCAGAUGAGGCGGCAGUUCGGUCCCCAAUAGAGGUGUAUAGAAGAAUGUUUAGUGUGAUUAAACUCAGGAACGUCCGCACUUUCAUCUGUCUUCUUUUGGUGUGUAAGAUCGCAUUUCAGGCAAACGAAGGUGCCACGGACUUGAAACUUUUGGAUAAGGGCUUUUCCAGAGAAGAUCUCGCCAUAACUGUAUUGAUCGACUUCCCAUUUGAGAUUGUCUUCGGUUACUAUGUGGCAAGAUGGUCUUCCGGCUCGGAACCACUCAAACCUUGGCUUUAUGGCUACCUAGGAAGGAUUGCAGCUGCAUUACUUGGACAGUUGCUUGUUGCCCGCUUCCCGAAAUCGGGAAAAAUCGGCACUUUCUACUUUCUCUGCGUUAUUGGGCAGCAUCUUUUGAGCUCGUUUAUGUCUACAGUACAGUUUGUUUGUAUCAGUGCAUUUCAUACAAAGAUCGCCGAUCCUGCCAUUGGUGGAACAUACAUGACUACCUUGAACACACUCUCUAACAUGGGAGGUCAGUGGCCGAAAAUCAUCGUUCUCUCGCUUAUCGACAAAUUUUCCAAAGCCACAUGCAUACCUGAUGCCAAGAAUUCCUCCCCAAGCAACAUAUUCCAGUCCGAAUCCUUCUACAACUGCUAUGCAAGUGAUAUGAAGCAGCAAUGUAUCGCAAAUGGCGGCAUUUGCACCUUGGAAAGAGACGGUUACUAUGUCACGAACUUAUUAUGCAUUGUCUUGGGACUUGUUUUGUACUAUGGAUGGCUUCGGAAAACGGCCUUGAGGCUUCAGAGCUUGCCGGUUGGUGCCUGGCGUGUUUCUAAACCCACCGUUCUUCCUCUUUAG